AUGGUAAUUGCCGCACCGGAGAAUAUGAUAGAAUAUGAAUCACUAAUACCCACUGUAACAGUCAGAAAACAUGAACUUGGAUUACUCUGCUGUUUAAAUUAUUUUACCGUUUGGUCUCAGUGGACGGACUGGAGUCAAUGCCAGCAAAGUAAGCAAAUGAGGGUCAGAGGCUGCGUCACUGUGCCAGGGAAGAAAUGUCCCGGUUCCAAUUCAGAGUUACGGCAGUGCAUCGAGGAGAGGUUUAAAAAACCGGAUUACGCUUUGCAGACCCACUACUUUGAAUUCUUACAUCGUUUGUCACAAGACCCUCUCCCCUCCCCUGGUUUCUUCACACCACCACCAGUUUUGAUGACCUUGAAACUAGCUUUCGAUUCUGUGUUUUACAUGAACAGAAACUUGACGCCCUGCAUAGAUGGUCUUCAGCAGUUGCAGAAACGCACAAAACGUUUUGACACAUUCUUGGAAUUUUACAUUUACAUUAAACAAAUCGAUAAAGUACAUGACCUGAUCACUGUUUCGUCUUUUUUAAUUUCUCGAGCCAAAAUCACACAUGUAAUUGGCUUCAAAAAUUAA